GAGUGUGAGUACGUUACCGUUUUCACUCUUAUUGUUUGUAUUAUAGUAUUAAAAGAGAACAUGCUACAAAUGUGAGGAAUGUCUCACUUUGUAAUUGAAAGUGUGCUCUUCGAAAUCCACUCUAUAAUCAGUCGAUUCACUCAAUCUUCUUUGCAUUAUGAUUAAAAGACAGCGAGCUUAAAAUUAGAUUUUUCUUUUUCUUGCGGAUAUUAGCAUUUCGAUUGUAGGACAAAGAAGAUUGAGUGAAUCGAACUGAUCAUAGAGUAGAUUUCGAAGAGCACACUUUCAAUUACAAAGUGAGACGUCCCUCAUGUUUGUAGCAUGUUCUCUUUUAAUACUAUAAUACAAACAAUAAGAGUGAAAACGGUAACAUACUCACACUCCAAAAGCAGAGUUAAGCGAUUUAUCCGACAAUUUUUGUAGAUAAAUUUUGGGACAUCCGGUAUAUGCAUUUAACUAGGAACCAUUCAUUUUCUAGAAUAUUUUCCAAAUUUUAGUCAUUUCGAACUUUUUCCAAGUUUUAAUUUUGUACUCUCCCAAAAUGACACCAAAAAAUUUGUUAUUUUCAUCUUUUUAGCUUGCAUGCGGCUAUGCGCAUGUUUUAGCGUUGGCAUCUGAUGGAUCAGUCUUUACAUGGGGUUCAAACACAUUUGGACAAUUGGGUUAUAAUAAUAAGACGAAUGGUUUAACACCACAACGUAUCAAUUUAUCGAUUCGAAUUGUAGAAAUAUUGGCAUCGAAUCAUUCACAUUUAUCAUGUGGAUUAUCAUCUAGUAACGAAGUUUAUAUGUGGGGUUUUUGUAAGAGUCACGAAGUACUUCGUCCAUUAUUAACAAAAUUUACAUCAAUGACAGAUGUCUUUGGUUCAUUUGCUCAAGUUGCUGUAUCACCAAAAAUGCUUUAUUCUACUGAAAAAACACCACAUAUUCCAUUACUCGAAUCUAUUAGUAAAUCAUUCAAUAAUCCCGCAUUAUCUGAUAUUAUAUUUGUUGUAGGAGAUGAACAUAUUUAUGUUAAUAAAUAUUUAUUAAAAAUUCGUUCACAAUAUUUUAAUACAUUAUUUGGUGAACGUUGGACAAAAUCCACAGAUUCAUCAAUGUUAACAUCUACAAUAAAUUCUAUAAAUCCUUCAGUUGAAAAAAUUGUUGUUAAAGAACAAUAUUCACCAAGUGUAUAUCGUUCAUUUUUAAAUUAUUUUUAUACAGAUAAAAUUAUUGUUAAAAGUGAAGAUGUUCUCGAGUUACUUGAAUUAGCUAAUUAUUAUUGUGAACCACAAGUUAAAAUUGAAUGUGAACGAAUAAUUAAACAAUCAAUAACAAUUGAUAAUGCAUUAGCAUUAUAUCAAACAUCAAUUCAACAUCAGGCAGAUGAUUUAAGAGAACAUUGUCUUAAAUUUUGUCUAAAUAAUCUUACAGCCGUUUGUCAUACAGAUGCAUUUCAAUCAUUAGAUAGUGAAUUACUUAAAAAUAUUAUGUUAAAAGCAUGUGAACACGGUAUUGUUAAAACAUAA